GCGAAUCUGGUGGCUCGAAAUCCCAGCAGAACCUUUCAGAGAACAAAGAUAAAACUGUCAGAAAGAAGGACCGGAUAGCUGACGUGAAAAAGAUGUGGGAAGAGUAUCCUGAUAUUUAUGGAGUCAGGCGGUCAGGUCGAAGCAGACAAGCACCAGCCCGCCUUAAUGUUGGAGCAGAGGGAAGCAGUGACUCUGAAAGUGGAAAUGCAAAGAAACAAGGACGGAAUCACCCUAAAAGAAGAGGUAAUUCAAAAGAUGAUGAUUCUCAAGAUGAAGUUAGCAGUGAAGAUUCUGAUUUUGAAGAGAGAAAGGUCGUUGCACGACGACCUAUACUGAAAAGAGCUGCCAAAACAAGUAGCAGAAAAAUUCCAGCAAAGCCUCAGCGAGGAGUGAAGCGAAAACAGCUGUCUUCAGAAGAUGACGAAGAUGAUGAAGAGGAUGAUGAUGAUGAUGAGGAGGAGGAGGAAGAGACUCCUAAACGGCAGACCAGGCGGAGAACAGGCAAGCGUGUCAGCUACAAAGAGGAUGAUGAUUUUGAAACGGAAUCUGAUGAUUUGAUUGAAAUGUCUGCAGAAGCCAUCGAGGAAGAUCAGGAGGAAAGCGAGACAAUUGAAAGAGUCAUAGAGUCCAGGAUUGGAAAGAAAGGUGCUACUGGUGCUUCCACCACUGUGUAUACAUCUGAAGUAGAUGGCAUUACUGAGAAUAACUUUGACCGUGAAAAGGAUGAAGGAGAGGUUCAGUAUCUCAUCAAAUGGAAAGGCUGGUCUUACAUUCACUGCACGUGGGAGAGUGAGGAGUCAUUACACCAUCAGAAAGUGAAAGGUUUGAAAAAACUUGAGAACUUCAAGAAAAGGGAUGAAGAGAUAAAACAAUGGCUUUCCCAAUGCAGCCCAGAAGAUGUUGAGUAUUACCAUGUCCAACAGGAGGUGGUAGCAGACAUACACAAACAAUACCAGCUAGUAGAGAGAGUUAUAGCCAUGAAAACCAACAAGUCUGCUUCAGGACACAGUGACUUGCCACUGGACAGUGAAAAAGACAUGGCUGUGUCCAGUGUGAAUGAGGAGCCAUCAUCAUCCGACGUGAUUGAGGAGUCAGUAGCUGUCGGCUCGCAUGAGGAGCCAGUGUUGGACGGCACGAAUGGGAAACCGGCAUUGGCUGCUCAUAGUCAAAGGUCUUCCUCUUCCUUGUCCAAUGAACCUGAGUACUUGUGCAAGUGGAUGGGAUUGCCAUACUGUGAAUGCAGCUGGGAAGACGGCGCCCUUAUUGGAAAAAAGUUCCAGCACUGCAUUGAUAAUUUUCACUCCCGGAAUAGCUGUAAAACUCUCCCAUCUAGAGACAGCAAGGUGUUGAAGCAGAGGCCAAGGUUUGUUACGUUAAGGAAACAGCCAGUAUACAUUGGUGGUGAGAACUUGGAGUUGAGAGAUUACCAGCUGGAGGGUUUGAACUGGCUUGCUCAUUCAUGGUGCAAGUGGAAUAGUGUUAUACUUGCUGAUGAAAUGGGACUAGGUAAAACGAUUCAGACGAUUUCCUUUCUGUCCUACCUUUUCCAUCAGCAUCAGCUCUAUGGUCCUUUUAUUUUGGUUGUGCCUCUGUCUACUCUUACCUCUUGGCAGAUUGAGUUCGAUAUCUGGGCACCUGCUAUGAAUGUUGUUGUCUAUAUAGGAGACAUGAACAGCCGAAAUAUGAUAAGAGAAUAUGAGUGGGUUAAUCCUCAGUCAAAAAAGCUGAAGUUUAACGUGUUGCUGACAACCUAUGAAAUAGUGUUAAAAGAUAAGGCUGUACUGGGCAAUAUUACUUGGGCCUUUUUGGGAGUGGAUGAAGCCCAUCGAUUGAAGAAUGAUGACUCCCUUUUGUAUAAAACCUUAAUAGACUUCAAAUCUAAUAACAGGUUACUUAUUACUGGAACACCGCUGCAAAACUCAUUAAAAGAACUUUGGUCACUGCUGCACUUUAUAAUGCCAGAGAAGUUUGACUUUUGGGAAGAGUUUGAAGAUGAACAUGGACCUGGACGUGAAAAUGGUUACCAGAGCCUCCACAAGGUCCUAGAGCCAUUUCUUCUAAGAAGGGUAAAGAAGGAUGUAGAGAAGUCACUGCCAGCCAAAGUAGAGCAAAUACUUCGAGUAGAGAUGUCUGCUUUGCAAAAACAGUAUUAUAAAUGGAUACUGACAAGGAAUUAUAAGGCUCUCUCGAAGGGAACACGAGGAAGUACAUCUGGGUUUCUUAAUAUUGUGAUGGAGCUGAAGAAAUGCUGCAAUCACUGUUACUUAAUAAAACAGCCCGAGGAAAAUGAGAGAGAGACAAAGCAGGAUAGUAUUGUGUCCCUCAUCAAAGGUAGUGGAAAGUUAAUUCUCCUGGAUAAGCUGCUGACAAGGCUGAAAGAGAGGGGGAGCAGAGUUUUGAUCUUUUCUCAGAUGGUGAGAAUGUUGGACGUUUUAGCAGAGUACCUAAGUAUGAAGCAUUACCCUUUCCAGCGUUUGGAUGGCUCAAUAAAGGGAGAUGUGAGGAAACAAGCAUUAGAUCACUUUAAUGCUGAAGGUUCUGAGGACUUCUGUUUUCUAUUGUCCACACGAGCAGGUGGUCUGGGUAUCAACCUUGCCUCUGCUGACACUGUGGUGAUAUUUGACUCAGACUGGAAUCCUCAAAAUGAUCUGCAAGCACAAGCUCGAGCACAUCGUAUUGGACAGAAAAAACAGGUGAACAUUUAUCGAUUAGUAACAAAAGGGACAGUAGAAGAGGAUAUAAUUGAAAGAGCCAAGAAAAAGAUGGUGUUGGACCACUUAGUAAUCCAGCGCAUGGACACCACUGGGCGAACAGUGUUAGACAGCAAGUCCAGGAACUCAAACUCAAAUCCAUUUAACAAAGAUGAACUGUCUGCCAUUCUUAAAUUUGGUGCAGAAGAUCUAUUUAAAGAAGCCGAAGGAGAAGAAUCUGAACCACAGGAAAUGGAUAUUGAUGAGAUCCUUCGUCUUGCUGAAACUAGAGAAAAUGAUCAAUCUAGCAAUGCAACUGAUGAACUUCUGUCACAGUUUAAGGUGGCAAACUUUGCGACCAUGGAAGAAGAACCUGUGCUGGAGGAAAAAGAAGAGAAAGACUGGGAUGCUAUUAUUCCCGAAGAACAGAGGAAAAAGAUUGAGGAAGAACGCCAGAAGGAGCUGGAAGAGAUCUGCAUGCUUCCAAGAAACCGAAGCACCACUAAAAAGACACAGGCAAAUGAUAGCGAUUCAGACAGUGCAGUGAAAGGAAGGAUGCAGAAGUCCUCUGGAUCUGAGAGUGAGACUGAUGAUAGUGACAACGAUAGAAGACCUAAGCGUAGGGGUCGUCCUCGCAGCAUCCGGAAAGAUGCAGUGGAAGGAUUUACAGAUGCUGAAAUAAGAAGAUUCAUUAAGGCCUACAAGAAGUUUGGUGCUCCAGUAGAACGAUUGGAAGCCAUUGCUAGGGAUGCAGAACUUGUAGAUAAAUCUGUGGCUGACCUGAAGCGACUAGCUGAGCUUAUUCAUAACAGUUGCGUAGCUGCAAUGCAGGAGUAUGAGGAGCAACUGAAGGAAAACAGUAGCGAAGGAAAGCCACCUGGAAAAAGAAGGGGCCCAACAAUAAAAAUCUCCGGUGUACAGCUCAAUGCAAAAUCUAUCAUUCAGCAUGAGGAGGACUUCGAUGCCUUCCAUAAGGCUAUUCCUGUUGACCCAGAGGAAAGAAAGAAGUUUUCAAUAACGUUUCAUGCCAAACUGGCUCAUUUUGACGUGGAGUGGGGUGUUGAGGAUGAUAGUCAUUUGUUACUUGGUAUCUAUGAGCAUGGCUAUGGAAAUUGGGAACAAUUAAAAAGUGACCCUGAAUUAAAACUAGAAGACAAGAUUCUUCUCAGUGAUCCAGAUAAGAAACCCCAGGUCAAGCAGUUACAGUCUAGGGCCGAUUACUUAUUGAAACUAAUCAAGAAAGACCAGGACAAGAAAGAUAAUGUAAAAGAUGGAGAAGAGAUAACACCGAAGAAAAGGAAGCCCCGAGCACCAAAAAAACCCAAACUCCCCAAAGAAGAGCCUGAAAGUGAAGUUCACUCUCCUCAUCUCUCAGACAACCAGUCAGAAGAAACCGAAAUCAAGGAGGAUGUAUCUGAAAAAAUCCCAGAGAAGAAAAAAAUAAAGAAGAAAGAUAAUAAAGAGGCCAAAGAAAAGCCUGCAGAUGUCAAGAAAGAGAAAGAUGCUGAUGGCGAGAAGAAAAAAAAAGAAAAGAAAGAGAAGCCAAAAGCCACUGGUGCUAAAACUAAAGCUAAGCCAAAAACGCCUCAGGGUCCUGUCCAUAUCUCUGAAGGAAAAGAACCUGUUUUGAUUGACAAUGAGGAAGAUGAACUUGACCAGGAGACAUUCAGCAUGUGCAAGGAAAAAAUGAGACCUGUAAAGAAGGCGCUGAAACAGCUUGACAAACCAGACAAAGGCGCAUCAGUCCAGGAGCAGCUGGAGCACACCCGUAGCUGCUUGCUGAAGAUAGGAGAUCGCAUUGCAGAGUGCCUUAAAACUUACCGUGACCAGGAGCAAAUCAAACAGUGGAGAAGAAAUCUCUGGAUUUUUGUUUCUAAAUUCACAGAGUUUGAUGCCAAAAAGUUGCACAAACUUUAUAAGAUGGCACAUAAGAAACGAUCCCAAGUUGAAGAGGUAAGUUGUUAGUGCUUCUGUGUCAGUU